AUGGGCGGAGGGGACGCCGACGCCGGCGGCGAGCCCGCGGCCGCGCAGGCCACGCUGCACAUCCGGUGCACCAACGGCUCCAAGUUCGCCGUGCGGGCCGACCUGGGCAGCACCGUCGUGGCGUUCAAGGCGAUCGUCGCCGAGAGCUGCGACGUGCCAGCGCCGCAGCAGCGGCUGAUCUACAAGGGCCGGAUCUUGAGGACGAGCAAACCCUAG